AAAAAGAAGCUGCCGGCUCAGCAUUGGUCGCACCACAGCAGACUUCUCCGUCCACGGAACCACCCAAAGCCGAACUAUCUAGAGCUGAGCCACCAACGGGACUUGCGCCGGACGCACGAGGAGCAUCAGGAGAGGCGACAGGAGCUUCGGGAACAGCCGGAGCAUCAGGAACCUCGGUAGUAUCAGGAGCCUCGGGAGCACCAGGACCCUCGGCAGUAUCAGAUACUUCGGGAGUGUCAGGAGCUUCGGGAGUGUCAGGAGUCCCGGGAGUACCUGGAGCCUCUAAAACAUCAGAAGCCUCGGGAGACCCAGGAGUAUCAGGAGCCUCGGGAGUGUCAGGACCCCCUGGAGUAUUAGGAGCUUCGGGAGUAUCAGGAGUGUCGGCAGUAUCAGGAACAUCGGGAGUAUCCGGAGUCUCUGGAGUGUCGGGAACCUCGGGAAGCUCCGGCAGCCUGCUCGGCUCCGGAGGCGCCGGGUCGUCCACAGGCAGCGGGGGACGCGGCCGUUCAUUGGAGCCGCCUGCGGAUCUCACCAUCCCACGGCUGACAGAGGACGAGAUCAAAUGCGUGACUCGCAAUUUUUCCACCGUGCUGGGCGAGGGUGGUUUUGGGAAGGUGUAUAAAGGCGAGAUGCGGCCGUGUGGUGCUAGCCCCAACGGCACCUGCAGAUGCCCCCAGGAGUCCCGCGACGGAGGAGGAGGCGCUUCGGGUGAAGGGAGUGCGGGUGGUGAGGGCGAGGGAGGAGGGAGGUCGAAGUCUGGUGCCGGUGGGAUGGUUGAGAGGGACGCUGGUGGUUGCAAGCCGAUUCCUGUUGCGGUGAAGGUUCUUGCGCCGCACAGCUUUCAGGGCGAUUACGAGUUUAUGACGGAGCUAGUGACGUUUGGGGCGGUGAGGCACGGCAACAUAGUGGAGCUGCUGGCGUACUCGCCGCACCCCAGCAAGGCGCUCGUCUACGAGUACAUGCCCAACGGGGACGUGCACGCCCUGCUCGCCCGCUGCAAGAAGGGGGAGGCGACGUUCCCAUGGGCGGUGAGGCUGAAGGUGGCGCACGAGGUGGCGCAGGCAGUGGCGUUCAUGCACUCGCUGCGCUACAUCCACCGCGACCUCAAGGCCAGCAACGUGCUGCUCACCCAGGCAGUGGCGUUCAUGCACUCGCUGUGCUACAUCCACCGCGAUCUCAAGGCCAGCAAUGUGCUGCUCACUCAGGUGGGUGGGUGUGCUGCUCGCUCAGGCCACGUGCACGCCAAGAGCGACGUGUACGCGUUUGGAGUCUUCCUAGUCGAGCUUCUGACCGGGAAAUCCGUUCUCCAAGACAGCAUUCACGAGGACCUGAUCCCCACGCUGCUGCACCACGACCACCCCGACCUCGCCCUCCUCGUCGACCCCGCCAUCGCCCCCGAGUGCCGCCGCAAGGACGCCCUCGCCGUCGCUUACAUCGCCAAGUACGCGCUCAUCAAGGAGUGGGAUGCACGGCCCAGCAUGCAGUCGGUGGCGCAGAAGAUCGGGAAUGUGGUCAAGUGGCAGAAGUCCCGAGCUGAAGCUGCUGCUGCGGCGGAGGCGGGAGGGGAAGCUGGGGAUGGGGCGGCAGGGGGAGGGGAGGCAGGGGGAGGGGAAGGAAAUGGGGUAAUUGCGGAAGGGGCGAAGGGAGGGACAAAUGGAGCUGCUGAAACUCCUGGUGCUGCUGCUGCGGCGGAAAUUCAGAGUAUUGCUUGA